UCACAUUUCACCGUGUUACUGAGAGGGCGGGCUGUUCUCUGUGUUGUGUUUGUUUAGUAGAGCAAGAGCAACGAUUUCGGUUUUGUUUUCUUUGAUUUCCAGUCGCUGAACUAUAAGGUUCGGCUGAUCAUUCAGUAAAACCAGACAGCACUUCGUUGCACUGCACACAAGAUACUUGUAUUGAUUGCUGCUCAAUGGGAAAAGUGUAACCAUGUUCAGUUUUGAGGGAGAUUUCAGGAGAACACCCAAGGUUUCCCUUGGGGGUGCUAGCAGAAAAGAGGAAAAAGCAUCCCUUCUUCAUCGAACACAAGAAGAAAGAAGGAAAAGAGAGGAUGAGAGGAAAAGACUGAAAAAUGCAAUCAUCAUUCAGUCUUACAUAAGGGGAUACCAAGACCGGAAACAGCAAUAUGCCAUCCAAAGGGGCUACUUUGACCACUGUGUGUGUCAGUGCCAGUCAGGCUCUGGCCCUCAACUUACAGACAGUGCCAUACUCGGCCAACUUGUUCGCCAGCUUCUCUUUUUUUACAGACAAAGUGAAGACAGACACAGAAUGAUCUGGAUGUGUCAGAGUUUGGUAAAGCAUCAUACUCAGUUUAUCAAGCUGCUGACGGGGCCAGAAAGACAGAGCUGCCUGUUUCAGAUCAAGAGGAUAUUGGGACACUGUUGCAGGUUAUUGCAAGCAUUUGAAGAUAACAGUCUGAAUGUGACGGUCCCGAUGCGAAUGCUGGAGGUGUUUUCAUCUGAGAGAACCUACUUGCCCUUUCUACAGGAUGAAAACUAUGUCACUGCACUUAUUGAGCAAAUUUUGCACUAUAUGGUACAGAAAGGAUACUACAGAUCUCUGUAUGUUUUAGUGAAUCACAAGUUGCCAUCGAGUCUAGAGUACAGUGACGCCCCUUCCAUUCCGCUGGCACAAACGCUGCUGGAACACACACUCAAGCCUCUGCACUUUACAUACAGUUCCUGCCCCCCAGAUACCAGGCAGUUUGUUUUUUCAGCCUUCACUGAGGAGUUCAUCUCAGCGCCUUUCACUAAACAAAUCUAUCAUUUCAUCGUGCCAGCUUUGGCAGACCCAAAACUAGCUUUCCCAUUUCAGAACUUCCUUUGGUCACUCCAGGCCACCGUAGCCUCCUCUGCCCAGGCCAGAGCUCAGGCUCCUUGGCUCUUUUACUUUGUGCUAUCAGUUGGAGAAUCAGGACUGGGUUCACUUUCAGAGGAAGGGUUGCUGUUGUACUUAAAUGCUCUACAGACUCUGUUGCCAUUGUUGCCAGUGACGGAGUGCAACAGGAGAGCUGACAUCAACAGUGAUUCAGAAGAUGAGGAAGAAAUGACCGUACAGCAUCCUGCUGCGCAGGAUGGCAGUUGGAUUUCUGUGCAUUACAUAACAGAGGAAUGUGUGCAGAAGUUGGACACCAAGCAGCAGACUAAUGCUCUGCUAACAUUAGUGUGGAGAGACUCGGCAAGUGAAGACAUCUUCACCAUGAUGGCCUCUAUCUGUCACACUUUGAUGGUGCAACACCGUAUGAUGGUGCCCAGAGUCAGGCUUUUGUACAGUUUAGCCUUCAAUGCUCGCUUCCUUAGACACCUCUGGUAUUUAAUCACAUCUAUGAAGACUAAAAUGAUCACAGGCUCUAUGGUUCCCUUGUUGCAUGUGAUGUCCCGUGGUUCUCCAAUGUCUCCAGAGGACUCCAACAGGAUCAUCCCUCUCUUCUAUCUCUUCAGUUCACUCUUCAGUCAUUCACUCAUCUCUGUGCAUGACAGCGAGUUUUUUGGAAGCUCAGCAGAUGGUAUUAACCAUGGUCAGAGCCAGUCGUCGAUGAUGCCCUUCUCUCUGGCAGAGUUGGUGACAUUGUCUCGGUGUUUGCGGGACGCAUGUCUGGGAAUCAUUAAGCUGGCCUAUCCUGAGACUAAGACAGAGCACAAAGAGGAGUAUGUAGCGGCGUUCCGUAGUGUCGGGGUGAAAACCAACAGCCAAGUACAGCAGCGCAUUCAAGCGCAGCAGAAACGAUGGGUCCAGCUCUUUAAGGUGAUUACCAACCUUGUGAAAAUGCUGAAAGCCCGAGAUAUCCGAAGACCAUUCUGUCCAUCGGGUCAUUGGCUGUCUGAUGAGGUCAACAUCAGGGCAGACAAGGUGACUCAGCUCUAUGUGCCCUCUGCAAGACAUGUGUGGAGAACCAGGAGAAUGGGACGUAUUGGACCGCUUCAGUCUACGUUAGAUGUUGGACUGGAGCCUCCACCAUUGUCAGUAUCGGAGGAGAGACAUUUGGCUAUCCUCACUGAACUACCGUUUGUUGUGCCCUUUGAGGAGAGAGUGAAGAUUUUCCAGAAGUUGAUCUACGCUGAUAAGCGGGAAGUGCAAGGAGAGGGCCCUUUUUUGGAUGGCGUUAACAUCACUAUUCGGCGGAACUACAUCUAUGAAGAUGCAUAUGACAAAUUAUCCCCAGAGAAUGAACCUGAUCUCAAGAAGAGGAUCAGAGUUCAUCUGCUCAAUGCUCAUGGGCUAGAUGAAGCUGGCAUUGAUGGAGGAGGAAUAUUUAGAGAGUUCUUGAAUGAACUGUUGAAGUCGGGCUUUAAUCCUAACCAAGGCUUCUUCAAGACAACUAAUGAAGGUCUUCUCUAUCCAAGCCCCACUGCAGAGAUGCUUGUGGGAGAAUCCUUCACCCGUCAUUACUACUUCCUUGGCAGGAUACUGGGAAAGGCGCUGUAUGAAAACAUGCUAGUGGAAUUGCCUUUUGCCAGUUUCUUCCUGUCCAAGAUUUUAGGCACCAGUGCAGAGGUGGACAUCCACCAUCUGGCCUCUCUAGACCCAGAGAUGUACAGAAACCUACUUUUCCUCAAGAGCUAUGAAGGCGACGUGGAAGACCUCGGCCUUAACUUCACUGUGGUCAACAAUGAUCUUGGGGAGGCACAGGUGGUUGAGCUCAAACCAGGGGGAAAGGACAUCCCGGUAACCACAGCCAACAGGAUAGCCUACAUCCAUUUAGUGGCCGAUUACCGUCUGAACAAACAGAUCCGAGCACACUGCCUGGCCUUUCGACAGGGCCUGGCCAACGUGGUCAACCUGGAGUGGCUGCGAAUGUUUGAUCAGCAGGAAAUUCAGGUACUGAUUUCUGGUGCACACGUGCCCAUCUGUCUGGAAGACCUGAAGAAAUUUACUAACUACUCAGGUGGUUAUUCAGCAAAUCAUCCAGUGAUCAAAAUUUUCUGGGAUGUGGUGGAGAGCUUCAGUGAUGAGGAGAAACGCAAGCUGCUCAAGUUUGUUACAAGCUGCUCACGACCUCCGCUCUUAGGCUUCAAGGAGCUGUACCCAGCCUUUUGCAUCCAUAAUGGAGGCGCUGACCUGGAGCGUCUCCCUACCGCUAGCACUUGCAUGAACCUUCUCAAGCUGCCAGAGUUCUGUGACUCUCAGCAAAUGAGGAACAAGUUACUCUAUGCUAUUGAAUCCUCUGCUGGCUUUGAGCUCAGCUGAGGAAUACGUCAACCCCUCGAUGGCCUUGAAACCCAGACAAGAACCUGCGCCUUUUGUCAUGGUGACCAGAUAGAAAAUGAUCAGAAUGAACAGACAGUGUGUCUGCUGUGGAUGUCCAGUGAUUUGCAGGUGUCGGGACAUAAAAAACAAACAAAUGCAGAAGAACAGUUUGAAGUUGUGGCACGGACAAAUAUAUGCUCCGUUUUAUUUUUACUUCAAAAAGAGUAAACUUGUAUAUAAUGCAUUUAUAAUUUCAAUGCAGCAACAGGGAAGGCGUGCAUUGAUCAAAAGCAUUAACAGUGAACAGGAACAUCUGAAUGUUGGAGAUACUGAGGGAAUAAAAUGGCAACACAAAAUUUACUUGUAGAUUUUCCUUGGUUUUGCAUUGCUGACAUCAAAGUAGAUGUUUUAAAACAAUGCCAUUUUACAGUUUUAACUGCUCUUGAGUAUUGAGUGUCUACCAAUAAAGAUGCAUGCUUUAGCCUCGCUGACUCACAAACAAGCUAAAACAUAUGCUUCUCCAAUGUAACAGCAUGCCUGAAACUUCUUUAGUACAGUAGGGAUACUAAAGAUUUGGCUUGGUUUAAGGUAACAAUACAGCUAUACAAAUGCGCAUGCCUUGAUACAGGGCAUGCUAAUAGUGUAGCAUUCGCUGAAAACUCUGAGCUAUUAAUUUUUCAGGCUAAAAAAUUUUUUUUUUUUUUUUGGCUAAUGUGCCACUAACAAAUGAAUUUAAUAGAUUAGAGUCAGGCAGGAUGUGUGAGGUUAACAGGGGUGGCAGAACAGUAGCACAGGUGUGUAGGUAUCUUGUUUUAAUCAUGUAGUAAUGAUGACUUAAAAUUGGCUGAUUCAGGUUUACCUUUACUUGGAAAAAAAUCUUCAGUUUGGCCAGUUGCAUUUCAGGCCUCAAGGUUUUUUUAUAUGCGUCCAUUGCAUUUAAAUAAACACCAGUUGUGUAAUUAUGUAUUCCACACAUUGGGCCUUGGUAUUAUAGCAAUGGAUAAUGAUGCUGACAUUGUGCAGUAAAAUUAAAACAAAAAUUUUGAGGACAUGCAAGUUUUAGAUUAGUGGUUGAAGUGGAGUUUAGAAAAAUUGAUGAAUGAAGGAAAAAGUGUGACCUGCCUAAGCCUGUGUACUGGACACCACUCCAACUUCUGCUGUAGCAAAGAACAAUUUAAGUCCUGUGGAGGAUUGAAGUAUGUGCUGUCAGCAUCCUCUGAUUGCUUUUUUGCUGCUAGUUACUGGGUUCAGCAUGGCUGUAUGGACAUGUUGGUUGGUGGAGAGCUGAUGAUGGAUAUGUGAAUAUGUAUAUGUCUACAUCUUUUAAUGUUCACGCAGCAUUUGUACAAGACUUUUAAUUUCUCUCUUCACCUUGUCAGUAAUAACUUGUUCCCCAACACCUGUUAAAGUAAAUGAGUAAUAUGACAGCAUACAGGUGCUGAAUAUCUGAUCGUUUACAAACACUGAUGUGUAGAGUUUGAUUUGAUGUUGAUGAUGAGCAAGGACAAGCAAAGUUGUUUGUAAAGAUAUAUGUUUACCGACUUUAAGUGUAUGUGCCCUGAAUGAUUUUUUGAAUGACAAAGACAAGUGUUUGAUCUAUGUAUCAGAGUGUGGCAAUGAUUAAAUAUGUUUUGAGUUUUUAUUUGCA